GAGCAGCCCGCAAAACUUGUUUAAAAUUUAUUGUGCACAGUCUGCAUAAAAGCAAUUGUUUUAACGAAAUAACCUUUGCUGAAAGGUGACAAUACUCAACAAAACACAAAAAAAACCGCCAAAUUUGGCUUGCAAAACUGCAAUUCAUAGCUGGCGGGCACCACGUGCUAAAUGUACUAACGCCUUCUGAGGACAGCCAAGCCAAAAAAACCCUAACGCUAUCGCUGUGCCGGUGCGAGGUCGAAAUUUUUAUUGGAAAUUUUGUAAGAAAAAAGUCGCUGCGAGCGGGCAGGACUCGUAACCAGCGCAAGGACACGAAAUCGGGAAGGGAAGGGAAGCAUGACCAUGGCACCGGCCACCGUCCUCCAGAUGCUGCGCAGCCUGAGCACGCCGCACAUUCUCACCCGAAUCCACCAGCACCGCGCAUUGGGUAAUCACCACCAUAACCAGCACCGCCGUGCUGCAUCGCGGCUAUCCCACUCCACAUCGCUGCCAGCGGCUCCUCCGUCGCUGUCCCCGAUCCUGCACACUGCCCGCGGCUACAGCAGCAGCAGCACGGCCAAGCAGGAAACUGGAGGCGCCACCGAAGGACCCGCCGCAAAUGCCCCGCUGCUGGCCAAACUGUUUCCCCAGACCGCUCCGGAGGUGGACAGCAGCGCCGAGCAGGAGCGCCAGAAGCGCGAGGAGGAGGAGGCCAAGGAGAAUGAGCGCGCCUGGAAGCGCAUGAAGCUGGGCUUCGCAAUCUUUGGCGGCGGCGGCGUGGCCGCUGGCCUGUGGGCCGUCUACGAGUUCGGGAAGCCCGAGGUGGAUCCCAACGGGCAGACCAUCGAGGACGAGUUCACACACAAGCCGCUGGUGCAGCAGUAUGUGCAGCGCAUGUGGAAGAGCAUCCACUACUACCAGCGCAUGAUCCAGGAGCCGUCGCGGGCCAAGCUGCUGCCCGAUCCGCUCAAGCCGCCGUAUGUGCAGCCGCGCUACACGCUCGUCCUGGAGAUGAAGGAUGUGCUGGUGCACCCGGACUGGACGUACCAGACCGGCUGGCGCUUCAAGAAGCGCCCGGGCGUCGAUCACUUUCUGGCCGAGUGCGCCAAGGAAUUCGAGAUCGUUGUCUUCACUGCCGAACAGGGCAUGACCGUGUUCCCCAUCCUGGACGCCCUGGACCCCAACGGGUACAUCAUGUACCGCCUGGUCAGGGAUGCCACGCACUUUGUGGACGGGCAUCAUGUGAAGAACCUGGACAACCUGAACCGCGACUUGAAGAAGGUGAUUGUCAUUGACUGGGAUGCGAAUGCCACCAAAAUGCAUCCGGACAACACAUUCGGCCUGGCCCGCUGGCAUGGCAACGACGACGAUGGCCAACUGCUGGACCUCAUUGCCUUCCUCAAAAUCAUUGCCCAGAACAAUGUGGACGAUGUGCGCGAGGUGCUCCACUACUACCGCCAGUUCGACGAUCCCAUCAACCAGUUCCGGGACAAUCAGCGCAAGUUGGCCGAGCAAAUGCAGGAGGCGGAGCGCAUCGAGCAGUCGAAGACCAAGCCCAUGGUCAAGCAGUGGUCGCGCAACAUUCUGGGGCGCUAGGAGGCUGGCCAAACCGCACAACCCGUUCCAUAUCCAUACCUUAACCUUCCGCCUGCCGCCAAGGCCACGCCCAGCCCAGAAACCAGAAACCGGAAAUCGGGAUUGGCAACGAAAACUCACCCUCGGAACAGCACACUGGCCAUAUAUUUUGUCGAUCAAGGAGCAGGAGUUGCAGGGUGGCAGGAUGGGAAGGCACGCUCCUUUUAUUACCUUCUUGGGUUACGAUAAGGCGAAUGUUUUUGUUUAAAUAAAUAACUAAACUUGCUUGUUUUUGUUGUUUGGCAAUGUAA